AUGAGUGCCACGAACCAAGCCCCAGCCAGCGUGCCGACUGCCGAGCCCGCCGCUCAACCUCAGCCCGAGACUGAGACCGAACACGGCGUUGUGAUUGCGGCUGAGGAGGUAAUGCGACCGAAAUCUGAGACUGCCCCAGGUCGCCAGUUUGAGCGCGAGAGCUCACCAAGUGAAAAGAGUAUUGCUUCUUCGACGACAAGUCUGAGCAGCUCCAUUCUCGAUUAUAGAACCGAGAACGGAAGAACGUACCACAAGUACAAGGACGGCAAUGUUCAACACAACUUGUUCGUGCGGACUUUCCGAGGUCGGCUGGGAAACGCUCCUCCCACCGAUCCGGGAGCCAAGGUCGGACGGGUCCUAGACAUUGGAACGGGCAGUGGUAUCUGGGCCAUUGACUUUGGCGAGGAGCACCCCGAAGACGAGAUUCUCGGUGUCGACCUUUCUGCCGCGCAGCCAGACUUCAACUUGAAUCCCGGGGGAUAUCUAGAGGCAAACGAGGGUAACAUCAUACCCCUCUCAGACGACGGCUCCCUCAAAGACGACUCAGCGCUCAUGAAAAGCGUGCGCCUAUGGGAAUCGGCCGCCGUGAUCUUUGGCCGCCCGUUCGAGGACACGAGACACCUCAAGGACUUUAUGGAAGAGGUCGGCUUCGAGGACGUUCACAUUCUCAAGUACAAGUGGCCCACAAACACUUGGCCCAAGGACCCUCACUACAAGGACCUCGGCGCGUGGAGUUACGAGCACGUGUCGCUCGCCUGGGAAGGCUUCCUGAUGGCGCCUUUGACGCGGGCGCAUAAUUGGACGAGGGAAGAGGCCUUAGUGCAUAUCAUGGAGGCUCGGAGGGACUUAUCGGACAGAACCAUACACGCUUACUUCAACGUCUGGUCUAUUUACGGAAGAAAGCCUCUCAAGGCUGAUGAAGCAGAAAACUGA